AUAAAUAAUAAUUUUUUUAACAUAAAAGUGAUUAUAACUUGGAAAUGACUUAUUUCCAGAUAUUUAUAUAAUCUUUUUUUCUUCUUUUUGGGUUCCAAAUCACUUCCCAAAAUAUUAUGGAGGCGAUUUACUAGACGUCCUGUAUAAGCAAAAAAUAAAAAUUAAAUUAUAUGUAAAAUGGUCGAAAUGACCUUCUGGAACUUUAUAAAAGAUCGAGUGAUGUCAACUGCAAUCCACAACAGCUGAGGAUACGAAAAAUAAAAUUCGUCGAGCUAGCACUGAAAUGACAUCAGAAAUGCCAACGUUCGAGUGUUUUCGUUAAAGAAUUUUGAAUAAGAGUAUUGUAUGAGUCAAAAAAUAGAAAAACCGAUACUAUCAGGUCAACGCAUAAAGACCAGAAAAAGAGAUGAAAGAGAAAAAUAUGACCCAACCGGAUUUCGAGAUGCGGUUUUACUUGGUUUGGAAAAAGCUGGCAACGACUUAGAAGCAAUUUCUAAAUUUCUGGACGCGGCUGGUUCUAAGUUAGACUAUCGUCGAUAUGGAGAGGCAUUGUUUGACAUCAUGAUAGCUGGAGGCCUUUUAGUUCCUGGCGGUUCCAUUGCUCAAGAUGGUGACAAACCGGUUAAAACCAGUGCAUGUGUUUUUGAGCAGCCAGAGGACAUGGAGUCCAUGCGAAAUUUUGAACAGGUCUUUAUCAAGCUCAUGCGACGUUACAAAUAUCUGGAGAAGAUGUUUGAGGAAGAGAUGAAGAAGGUAUUGGUUUUCAUGAAAGGAUUUUCACCCAAGGAAAGAAUCAAGCUGGCUAGAAUGACAGCACUGUGGAUCUCAAACGGUUCUGUACCACCCACGGUCCUCUCGGUCUUGAUCAACGAGCAUCUCGUCAAGGACAAUUUGGCAUUAGACUUUCUAUUGGAAGUCUUUGUUACUUGGAAACAGGAGAAGGGUUUAUCUAGUUUAAUGACAGCUCUGAAGAGAGGAGGUAUUGAAGGAAGGUUGAUGGAAUUUGUACCACCAAAUAAACGAACGGAAGAACAUUUUCGGUCUGUAUUCGAAGCGGUAGGCCUGGCAGAUAUCGUGAAAUUACACAAGGCUCAGGCCAGUCAGGAGGCCAAGCGGGAUCUACAGCAACUUCUUUUGGAUGACUUAGCGGAAAAUAGACCAAUGAAGGACAUAACAUUAGAUCUCAAAGAAAUGGCACAAAGGUGUGUCAUUCCCGAACAUGAAGUGAUUGGAUUGAUCUGGGUUGUCGUAAUGGGCCAAGCUGAAUGGAACAAAAAAGAAGAGUUAGUCGCUGAACAAGCACUGAAACAUCUAAAGGUUUAUACUCCACUGUUCGGUGCUUUUACAACCACUGCCAGAUCUGAGCUCGCACUCAUCCUCAAGGUCCAGGAAUUCUGUUAUGAAAACAUGAAUUUUAUGAAAGUCUUCCAGAAGAUUGUUUUACUCUUUUAUAAGACGGAAGUUGUGUCGGAAGAUGUAAUAUUGAAGUGGUUCAAAGAGGGUCAUUCAGUGAAGGGGAAAAUGCUCUUUCUAGACCAAAUGAAAAAAUUCGUGGAAUGGCUACAGAACGCUGAAGAGGAAUCCGAAUCAGGAGAAGAGGAGGAUUAGAUAUUCAUGAAAACACAUCAUUGCCAGUGACAAAAAAAAACGACAGUCCCAAAAUUUCGAGACAUCAAGAAUAAUUCAAUAUCAGUCGGAAAAGACACGAUGCAUUUUUCAGCAAGGACAAGAUGUAACAGUGAAUUUAUUUAAUCCUUGCUAAGAAACAAGAAUGUAAAUGAUUCAUUGUAUUACACUGUGUUCCUGCUAGAAAACAAACUCUUGGAAAACAUACAAUAUAAAUAAAACUUAAGUCAAUGUUAGGAACUCCAUGAUGAAUCAAGUAUUCAGAAAAAUAGAAAAUUUUUAAAUUGUCAAUAAGGACUAAACACUAACAUCCGAUCAGUGUGGAGAAACUGUAAAUUUGCAACAUCUUUAAAUUGUAUUACUUCAAGAAAAAAAAAUAUUUUGUGUUACAUUUUUAUAACUCCGCUACAAAAUAUAUACAGAAUAACAAAGAAAUUAUAAGGAAAAAAAAAUCUUUAUCCCUGUGUACGUACAAUUUUCGGAUCCCUGUCUUUCUUUGUAUAAUAAUAUUGUACUAGUUUAUAGAAAAUAUACUGACAGGUGGUGUUUAA